AUGAAUGCUAAAGAAUCUUACAAAGAUCCAUCAAUGGCAGAGCAAUACCAAGAAGAAGAAGAUGAAACAGAGGAGACACUCUCUCUCUGUGAUCUUCCAAUGUACAGCGAUGCCAAAGAAGAAGAUCAAAGCUUGUCAUCAUCAUCAUCAUCAUUCUCAUCCGAUCAAGACGACUUCUUUGAGUUCUUCAGCGAAGAUUGGAGCACUUUGAGCUCGUACCAAGUUCAAAACAUUGUUUUCUGUGGAAAACUCAUUGCUUCUAAAGAACCAAACUCAGAAACAGAGCAUACCCACAAGAUCGAAACCAGUAAACAAGAAAAACCCCGAAAAUAUAGGCUUUUUCGAUGGAAUUCGAAGAUGUUCAGAAGUUCUAAAUCCACAAAUCCGAAGAUAAGAAGAUGUGUUUCGAGCCCGAAGUCUCUGUCAUUGCCGGUGGGAGAUGAAUGUAGGUAUAAGGGUGGCGAAAAGUACGGAUUUCCGGUUCGGAGAGUGUCGGUAGUGGCGGCACCGGUGAAGCCGCGGCGGAGUUUAUUGAUGUUUGGAUUGGCUCGGAUGCCGCCGGAGAUGGAGUUGAGGGAUAUAAGGAGCAGGCAGGGGCGGCGGAGUCGGUCGACGGUGGUUCAGAGGAGUGGUGGUGGUAGUGAGAAAGUGAGGAGAGGGAAGGGGUUGUGGGGAAUUUGGUGGCUGAUCAGGGCGUUGGGUUGUGGUGGCUACCACCACUACGCCACCACCAUGCCAACCCGGCCGUGA